GGAUUAUCUUCUACAGCACGAAUGAAAAAGCCUGCCUUUUUGUACAGAAUUUGGGAUAAAACCCCUCGGUGCCCACUGGACUCGGAGUAUUGUUAUAAACCAAACCGCUGGUUAAAGAAAAUAAUGCCGUUUUAACGUGAGGUGGUUCGCUAGGAGGAAAUGGCUAACCGCUAACUGCUAGCUAGCUUGAGGAGACGUUUUCCUUCCCGUGUGUUCUUCAGAGAAGAUGGUUCCUGUUCAAGAACAAAAUGACAGCUCAUACAAACGAGGAAAUGAGCACUGUAACAGGGGAGAACAGGUAAUUGGAAUCCAAGAUGGCCGAUGAGGAAGAAGUGGUUGAAGAGAUGCUGGAGGAUGAGGGAGAAACCCAGCAAGAGGAAGUCGAAGUUGAAGUUGCUGCACCAGAAGCAGAAGCAACUCCCACGGCAGAAGAGCCUGCAGAAGAAGAAUCUCCAGUUGCAGAUGAAGAUGACUCCAAACCCAAACCAAAGGCAUUUGCUCCAGCUAUAGCUGUGCCAAAGAUACCAGAGGGAGACAAAGUCGACUUUGAUGACAUCCACAGGAAGCGUCAGGAGAAGGAUCUGACAGAGCUGCAGUCUCUGAUCGAGGCCCACUUCAUUCAGAGGAAGAAGGAUGAGGAGGAGCUCAUCGCUCUCGUUAACAGGAUCGAGAAGCGUCGUGCUGAGAGGGAUGAACAGCAGAGGAUCCGUGCUGAGCAGGAGAGGUUGAGACAGGCUCGAGUUGCUGAAGAAAAGGAGAGGAAGGAGCUGGAGGAGGCACGUAAGAAGCAGGAUGAGGACGCCAAGAAGAAGAAGGCUCUGACAAACAUGACUCAGCAGUAUGGUGGUGUCCAACAGAGGCAAGAUGGAAAGAAGGGAGCGAAGAAGCAGACAGAGAGAGAGAAGAAAAAGAAGAUCCUGGCAGAAAGGAGGAAGCCUCUCAACAUCGACCAUCUUAGUGAGGACAAAGUCAAGGAGAAGGCCAGUGAGCUGUGGCAGUGGCUGAUGACACUGGAGGCUGAGAAGUUUGACCUCAGUGAGAAACUGAAGAGACAGAAAUAUGAUAUCAAUGUACUCCAGACCCGAAUCAAUGAGCAGCAGAAGUUAUCAAUCAGCUCCAGACUCGCAUUCAGGACCAGCAGAGUGCCAAAGGAAGAGGCAAGGGCAAGGGCAGGCUGAGAUAGAUGCAAACACCAGCAGGAGUUCUCCAAGGAAGCGUCUGAAAAUGGGCAGCAGUAUCGACAUUAAUGUACGCUUAAACAAUAAAACUGCACUGCAACAGCUGGUUUUAGACAAACAAUAAAAAACACUUGUGCUUUUGA